AUGGCUAGCCGCGAUACCUUUCGUGUCCGCUUGAACUGCGUAGACCAUUACCAACGAACUCCAACACCCCUCGACGCGCCGCUUUGGGGGCCUCAUGCCCUGUCAUCCUCCACCCCACGCGACAACUUGCCUCAAGUCCCCGUCAUCCGAGUCUUUGGCUCUACAGAAACCGGCCAAAAGGUAUGCGCUCAUAUCCACGGCGCACUCCCAUAUCUCUAUGUGCCAUACCACGACUCGAUCGAGCAGGACCAGGUCGAAGCCUACAUCUCCACAUUUCGCCACUCUAUUGACCAUGCCUUGGCUAUAUCAUAUCGACGAAAUCCAUACGAGAAUCCAAGAAUGGCCACUUUUGUUGCUCACGUCAGCUUGGUCAAAGGAGUCCCGUUCUUUGGAUACAACGUCGGCUAUAGGUAUUAUCUCAAGAUCUACUUGCUCAAUCCGCUCCACAUGACCCGUUUCGCGGAUCUGCUUCAGCAAGGCGCCAUUCUGAAGCAAGUCUUCCAGCCCUAUGAAGCGCACAUGCAGUAUCUACUGCAGUGGAUGUGCGACUUCAACCUGUACGGCUGCGCCUACAUCGAGACCGAGAAACCGCACUUUCGAAGUCCGGUGCCCGCUUGGGAAGAGCUAGAUGAUCCCGCGCAUCUGUGGCAUGACCGCUCGAUACCGAAUGAGCAGAUGCUCGAUGCCGACAGAUAUCCGCGACAGAGCCAUUGUCAGUUGGAACUGGACAUCCGGGUGGAAGAUAUCCUCAACCGCAAUGUCAUCCAGGCGAGGCCUUUGCACCAUUCAUUCAUCGAGCGACUGUCUUCUCUCGAUAAUCUGCCUCCGGAGGAGAAGCUUGUACAUUCCAUGGCGGGCCUCUGGAAGGACGAAACUCGUCGGCGGAACAUGCGGAUGGGCAUCACAGACCCGUCUUCAUCACCGUUUCCGCCUGAAGUAAUGGUCAGUAUGUCUGCAGAUCCGCGCAACGACAGCAAGGGUGGCUGGAUCCACGAGGAGGAAUUUCGCGAAAGUGUGGCCCGUCUGGCAGAGCAGGAAAAGCAAGCUCGCGGUGGUAGCACACUGUCUUUCGAGAGUUUCGGUAGUCCAGGCUCGGCAGAGGAUGGGAUACAGACCGUAUUCGAGAGUGUUGUAGAGCUAUUUCAGAGCAGUCUGGAAGCCAAGUGGGCGUCACAAAGACACGAAGUGGAUGAGGCGAUUGACGUGGACUACGAUUUCUCCGAUGCAUAUGCACCAACGCCGGCAAAGCUUGCUUCUGCACCUGUCGUUGAUAUGAACAGAAUCACGCAAAUGGCUGAAGAUGAAGAGUUUGGAAGUGACGAGGAAGCUGCGAAAGAGUUAGCACUGACGCAGCGGCAGAAGUUGAAGCGGGCUGGCCUUCACGAGGCUAUGGGAGAUGCUAAGAUUCGAGGUAGCGCUGCCGACAUUGAGGCCGAAGCAGAGCGAAUUGAUGCGGAUACACGAGUACCACCUGAGACUGUGGAGCAGGUCGAGAAGGGAUCACUCAAACGCAGCGCGCCUUCGACCUCCACCAUUCCUUUCAAGAAAUCUAGGCCGGAAGACACAGAUUCUAACGGCACCAGGCUGGGCAGGUUUCGCAUCAAAGACGUCAAGCCUCAACCUCGAGCUCUGGUCGAGCCUAUCAGCAAGGACGAUGCCUUUGCAAUACCUCCUGCUGCUCAAGGCGCCAAGUCGGUAUCUUUCGACGACAAGAUCGCUGAGGUACCACCUUCGGCGCAGCCCGCGUCGUCCCAACGGUCUUCGCAAGGCUCUCAGAGCAUUACAACAUCAUUUCCGCUCGUCAAGAACGAUGGCAAUGAUACCGCAAUGAGGCUGAGCCAACGUGAUGAUCUCUCUCACGUACCGCAAAAGAGCUCGCAGCAAAGCCAGAAGCGUGCGUCUUUCAAGUCGCCGACUGCAUCCCGUGGUUCGCAAGCCACUUUGACUCCCUCGAGCACGACUCAGUCAACGAUCUCACGGGACUUAGUCCAGAGUUACGGCAAAGCGUGGGACUUGAAGGCGAAUGCAAGCGUCUUCCUCUUUGGACGUCGGCCUCCCUCGCAUGACGAAGUUCGAGACACGAUGGAGCCGGCGGUCAUCUACCAGGAUGCGCACUACAGCGACGAGAAAGACGUGCCUGAACGAGCGCGGGAGUAUGCUGGCCAGGAGUUUAGGCUUGUGAGCACGAGCCUCCCGUAUCUGCAGCCUUUCCAAAGUACUGGCCUGGUGCAAGAAGGCAGGCCGCUUCCAGACAAAGCCGCAUCAGACCUCGCCGAACAGAGACGAAGGAGGCAGUGCUCACUUAAGGCGUGGGAGAUAAUGCGGCCGCCACCAAACUUCAAAGAGGUCGAGCGGUGGCUCCGCGAAGAAGCGCCCCAGGCCACGGAUGACUUGGAAAGGCUAGAGGUAGAUGAUCCACCGUCGGCUUCUCCGCUCAAGCGCAAGAAUCGACCUGCGCCAGAACUUUCUCAGAUCGAGGGCCCUACUCAGAAGAACAGGCACGGCUUCAAAUACUCGCAGAAGAAGGCGAGCACCAGCGUUCAACACGAGACUGGGUAUAUGAGUACCAUGAGUCUGGAAGUGCAUGUCAACAGCCGAGGAGAGCUUGCUCCAGAUCCUGAGCGAGACGAGAUCAACAUGGUCUUCUGGUGUGUAUUCGAUGAGCAGAUGGAUGACUCGACGAAGUUUGGCGUUGCAAUGCUCAACAAGGACGAUGAUGACGGAUUCGUGGACAGGGUCCGCCGCAUGGUUAGAAACGACGUGCAGAUCGAUUCUGAGGAUAACGAGUUGGAUCUGCUCAACAAAAUGGUGGACAUAGUCCGUACUUACGACCCUGACAUUCUGACUGGAUACGAAGUCCACAACGGAAGCUGGGGCUACCUCAUCGAGCGUGCGCGGCUGCAGUAUGAGUACAACCUCCCAGACGAAUUUUCACGAAUGAAGUCGCAGUCCCACGGGAGAUUUGGCAAAGAUGCAGACCGCUGGGGCUUCACGCACACCUCGACCGUUCGCAUCACUGGUCGACAUACCAUAAACAUCUGGCGAGCGAUGCGGUCCGAGCUCAAUCUGCUUCAAUACACGAUGGAGAACGUGGUCUUCCAUCUGCUGCACAAGCGCAUUCCUCAUUACCCAUACCAGACCCUGACCCGCUGGUAUCAGAGUGACAAGCCUCGAGACUUGGCCAAAGUGCUCGACUAUUUCAUCAGCCGCUCGAAGCUGGACUUGGACAUUCUGGACGCCAACGAGCUCAUAUCGAGGACAUCUGAGCAAGCUCGUCUGCUUGGAGUCGACUUCUUCUCGGUCUUCAGCAGAGGCUCGCAGUUCAAGGUCGAAUCCCUCAUGUUCCGUAUCGCCAAGCCGGAAUCAUUUGUCCUCGUUUCACCGAGUAGAAAGCAGGUCGGCGCGCAGAACGCCUUGGAGUGUCUGCCACUCGUCAUGGAGCCGCAGUCUGCCUUCUACACCAGCCCCUUGCUUGUCCUUGACUUUCAAAGCUUAUACCCGAGUGUUAUGAUUGCGUACAACUACUGCUAUUCCACCUGCCUUGGCAGAAUCACGGAAUGGCGAGGUACCAAUAAGAUGGGCUUCGCAGACUUUCAGCGUGCGCCCGGUCUGCUCGAACUCGUCCGCGACAAGCUCAAUAUUGCUCCCAAUGGCAUGAUGUACGUCAAGCCCGAGAUGCGCAAGAGUCUCUUGGCGAAGAUGUUGGGUGAGAUUCUCGAGACCCGCGUCAUGGUCAAAUCCGGCAUGAAGGUCGACAAGGAUGAUAAGACUCUUCAACAGCUUCUCCACAAUCGCCAGCUUGCUCUGAAGCUCAUCGCGAACGUCACGUACGGUUACACUUCUGCUUCCUUCUCCGGCCGAAUGCCUUGCUCGGAGAUUGCCGACAGCAUUGUUCAGACUGGUCGCGAGACCCUGGAAAAGGCCAUCGCGCUUAUUCACUCGGUCGAGCGAUGGGGCGCCGAAGUGGUGUAUGGCGACACGGAUAGUCUCUUCGUCUAUCUGAAGGGCCGCACCCGGGAACAGGCCUUCAAGAUCGGUGAUGAAAUUGCAAAGGCAGUGACCGAUACUAAUCCUCGACCCAUCAAACUGAAAUUCGAAAAGGUCUACCACCCGUGCGUACUUCUCGCGAAGAAGCGCUACGUCGGCUUCAAGUACGAAUCCCCCGCUCAGACCGAACCGGACUUCGACGCCAAAGGAAUCGAGACUGUGCGCAGAGAUGGAACGCCCGCGGAGCAGAAGAUUGAAGAAAAGGCGCUCAAACUCCUCUUUCGGACUGCGGAUCUCUCGCAGGUGAAGAAAUACUUUCAGGCACAGUGUACCAAAAUCCUGACUGGGAGGAUCUCCAUCCAGGACUUUUGUUUCGCGAAGGAGGUUAAACUGGGGACUUACUCGGACCGCGGACCCGCGCCACCGGGGGCUCUGAUCGCCACGAAACGCAUGCUGCGCGAUCCAAGGGCCGAACCGCAGUACGGCGAACGCGUUCCCUACGUCGUGAUGGCCGGCGGUCCCGGCGCGAGACUGUGGGAGAGAUGCGUGGAGCCGGAACGGCUGGUCUACGACGAACAGGCGGAACUCGACGCGGAAUACUACAUCAACAAGAAUCUGAUCCCGCCGCUGGAGCGCAUCUUCAAUCUCGUCGGGGCGAACGUGAGGCAUUGGUGGGACGAAAUGCCCAAGAUCCAACGCAUCCGGCAACUUGCCGGUGGGGCGGAGGGGGGCGGCGGCGGCGGCGGCGGCGGCGGGGGGAAGAAGACGAUGGAGAGCUAUAUGGCUUCUUCCCUGUGUCUGGUCUGUCGGACGAGAUUACUGCCCUCUGCUACUACUCCUCGGGGCUUGCCGCCAGAAUCUUCCCCGGAAAUCCCGCUCUGCGGGCGCUGUCGGUAUGACAAGACGUCGCACACGCUCCUCACGCUGCGGCGGAAGGUAUCCCAGGCGGAGAAGAAGAAGAGGGAUCUGCAUGAUGUGUGUCGCAGUUGCGCAGGCGAAGGCGGAGGAGGUGGCAGUGGUGGAGGUGGUGGAGGAGGCGAAGUGCGAUGCGAUUCGAGGGAUUGUCCCGUCUUUUACAGCCGCGUGAAGGCGGAUACGCAACUCCGUGUUGUGCGGAAUGGAGUGGGUAGGGUUUUGGAGAGAUUAUUAGAAGCGGAAGCGGAGGAUGGAGGGAGGGGAGGGUAUGAUUGGUAG